CAUCGCCCGACCACAACCUGCCGGGCCAUGAGCUGGAGCAUCUGCUAGUCGCCGCAUCUCCAGGCUUUUAUUUCCUUGGUUUCUCUUCUUCCACGCCACGAGCGUCUUCUUUUCUUGCAUCGUUUCCUCUCUCCUAUUCUUCCUCCAACGACACUCAUCCGAGAUAACCGAAAACAACAUCACCAUCACCAUGUCGUAUCUCCUCUACUCCGUCUGCCUCGCCCUCUUCGUCGCCGCCACAGCGCUCUUUUUCACGCGCUCCUUCUGGCUGCGCCGCCUGCACGAGAUCCACCUCCCCGGCUCCGACUACCUCUACUCCCGCCUGCCGUCGUCCUUUGCCGGCGACAUCGAGGCCGGCCUGUCGAGCAGCACGUUUGACCUCCACGGCAACGUCGAGGACGGCGACGAGCGCGCCGGCCUGGACGAGGAGAGCAAGGUGGCCAUUCUCAAGAUUAUGAAGCGGCGGCGCAUGAAGUUUGACCAGGCGCGCAAGGUCUACAUGGAGGAGCGCUUCAAGGCCAACGGCAUUGGCGCGGAUGGCCGGCCGAGGGAUCCCAAGUUUGUCAGCUUCUCAUGAGGCGGAGCAAGAUGCAUGAGCGAGUGCAUUUUCGGGGCCGGCGUUGAUCUUGGUGUGAUGUAACUGUCUGGACCGCUUACAGCAACUUUACAACUCAUACAAGCCGUGAUUCCGGAACAUCUUCUCGCGCGGCAAUAUCUCUUUGGACUUUUCACAGUCGUUUCUUUCUUUUCUUGUCUUUUUACAUCUCUUGUCAGCCUGCGCUUGGUCGCAUACAUCCACUCGUUAUCCACUCUCUUAUACUAUCUUCUUCUUUUCUUACCACUGCUCUGUCGACAUACAGAAAAGCAAAACCCCGAAAAAAAACCGUCACUGGGUGCAUAAGUCCACGUAAUGCGGGACUUUUUUAUUUAUCAGAACGCGAGCGUCACUUUUUUUUUUAUUCCUUCAAUUUCAUUGUCUGAGCUGGUGUUUGGGGAAUUGUGUCAUUAUUAUUAUUACAUUCGCCGGGCAAUAUGCGCCGGUGUGUUCGAUAUCAGUCUUUAGAUAAGCUAUACUAUACAUCAUCAAAGAGACGUUUUGGUUUUUCGUGUUUUGUUUCGUGGUCCCAUCUGCUCUAAACGCCUCUGCCACCCAAAUAUGCUUUGAAGAAUGAUCCAGUUGUGAAGUACCCCGGUAAUGUAAUGGGAGUUUUUCAUCAUGUGUCCCACCCAAUGGACUUUUAUGAAAUGGAAAAAAAAAAAAGAGUAUAUACACUGCAUAUGAAGAGUGAAGAGAAAAAGUGGCAGAUUAUAUCAAAAGUAUAAAACCAAUCAAAUAGCUCGCCAUGGCGUGAUGAGACUUUUCAUGGUCGUAAAGGUGUGAUUGUAAAAAUGGGAAGCGCAAAUCUUUGAAAAAAUGAAUAGCUGCGCUUAUUUGUUCUUCUUGGUCUUGAGGUCAGGGCCAUAGGUCCUGUCAUCAGCACCCUCGACCUCCAUGACGGUCUCGUCGACGGCCUUGGACUCGGCAUUCCACUUGUCCUCGGACAUUUUGAUGUCCUUUUCAAACAUCCAGUCCUCAGGCAUCCUGUAGGUGCCGCCCAUGCGGUCAAAGGCAGUGAAGAACUGGCCGUAGUUGACCUCGAAUCGCGAGUGGUGCAGCGAGUGGCAGGCGGCGCCGUUGACAAUGGGGUUGUUGGUGAGGUACUCGCCGUCGUGGAUCAUGAUGGUCCAGAAGUUGACAAAGACGAAGAGGAAGACGUAGGCCAUCUUCUGCAGCGGGAAGACAAAGGGGAAGAUGUGGUAGGGGAUGGACUGGGCAAAGCCGUCGACGGGGUGGAAGGCGUGGCUGGCAAAGGGCGUGGGCAUGAUCCACUUGUGGUGAGGCUUGUGCAGCGUCUUGUAGACGGACGAGUGGUGCAGGCCGCGGUGAAUCCAGUAGAUGAGGAAGUCGGUGAAGACGAUGAAGAGUGGGAACUGGAAGAAGUUGUACCACAGGCCGGGGCCUUGUUCGGUGACGUCGUAGAGCUUGCCGUAGCCGCGGACCUCGAGCAGGAAGAGCGGCGCCGUCAUCAUGGCGAUGAAGGGCAUGGACUGGUUGGCGUGGACAAUCUCGAGCCAGAUCUGGUUCUUGAGGAACUUGGGGUGGUUCAUGAUGCGCUUGUCGAAGAUGAGGAAGAAGGACAUGGAAGCAAAGAUGAAGUAGACCAUGAUGCCGAAGAGCC